UGUCCGGACACUAAAAAGACCCAAUGGCUGGUGCAAGGUGGCCAGGAGCGCUGGAACACCACAGGAGGCGGUGGACGCAACAGAGGAGAAGAAGAAGAACAAGAAGAAGGAAAAAGGGAAAGCCUCGGCACGUGAACUUUGUGGUGGAAGCAGCGAGAAUGCGCGCGUCCACGGGAGCGUCCAAGGAAUGAGUCGUCGGGCUUUGACGCGCGCUUCACUUUAUUGUGAGUGUACUGAAGUAGUUGGAACUGCGUGGACAGAGGCGCGCGGUAAGUGAAGCAGAGACCCACCUGCGUCGAGACAGGUACCUGCGCUGGACGCGUGAUGAUGACUUUCAGCUGACGAGGCGCUUAAAGUAUGAUCUUUGGACAGAUGCCCUGCAGGGACAUUCUGUGUCAUUCAUUUUUUGAAUCACUGACUCUUUUGGCUGAACCGUAGGUUUCAGCCAAUCGGAUCAGACUUCUUGGCUGUAGAUUUAAGUCAGCGACCACAGCAGAAGUCAGAACAUCUGCCUUUGUACUUUUACUUUUAUAUAUAUAUUUUAUAUACUUUAUUUUUUUAUUUUCUGUUCAGAGUGAAGUGCCAACAUUUAAUAUAGCUGUGGGAUAAAAUAAUAACACUCAUAUACUCCAUGAUUUGGAAUGGAUGGAGAGUUCCUCCUCAUUCACAUGCUGUCACACACCUGGACCUGGCCUUUCACUGUGAGCCACUGACUCCUGGGAGCCCCAACCCUCCCCAAUGAAGCAGUCCUGGUGGGCCCGCCUGGCACAGCCCGGCCUGUUUGCUGCCUGGACCUGUAUAUGGCUGGUUCAGGGAUGUGGACCGGGCCCCGGGUAUGGCAUCCGCCCCAGAGCCAGGAAGCUCACACCCAUGCACUACAAGCAGUUUUUCCCCAACUUCUCAGAAAACAACCUUGGGGCGAGCGGGAGAGCAGAGGGCAAGAUCACACGCAACUCUGAGCGCUUCAAUGAACUUGUGUGCAACUACAACCCUGACAUUGUGUUCAAAGAUGAGGAGAACACCAAUGCAGACCGCUUCAUGACCAAGCGAUGCAAGGACUGUUUGAACAGGCUGGCUAUUGCAGUGAUGAACCAGUGGCCUGGGGUGCACCUACGUGUGACAGAGGCCUGGGAUGAAGACGGUCACCAUCCUCCCGGCUCUCUGCACUAUGAAGGCCGAGCUGUGGACAUAACCACCAAUGACAGAGAGGCAGACAAGUAUGGUCUCCUUGCUCAGCUGGCCGUGGAAGCUGGCUUUGACUGGGUCCACUAUGAGUCCAAAUAUCAUAUCCACUGCUCAGUCAAAGCUGAUCACUCUGUUACAGUGGAAAAAGGUGGCUGUUUCCCAGGCUGGGCCCGGGUGACUGUAGCUGGAGGCAAACAGAAGAGUCUGUCAUCUCUGGCUCCUGGGGAAAGAGUCAUGGCACUGUCGGGGAUGGGCCAAAUUGUGUUUAGCCAAGUCAUCUUGUUUCUGCACCGUGACCAAGAAAGCCGGUCUACUUUUCUGUCUCUGGAGACUGAAGAUGGACACAGAUUGGCCCUCACGCCACAUCACUUGGUCUUUUUAGCCAACCACUGCAGACUUUCCAGCAGUGAGUACCAGGCUCAGUUUGCUAAAAGAGCCAAAACAGGCGCGUGUGUUCUCAUCCAUACAGCAGACGGCCAUGUGCGUCCGUCUCGAAUCGUGUCUGUUUCAGUGGAGGAGAGUAUAGGAGUGUAUGCGCCUUUGACGGAAGCUGGAACACUGUUUGUUGAUGGAGUGCUCGCAUCCAGCUAUGCACUGCUGGAACACCACAGACUCGCACACUGGGCAUUCGGACCUGUUCGACUCCUCUCUUCAUUCAACCAGCUACUGCUAGGGGAGACGGCAAAAGAACAGCAGAUGACUGACAGCGAAACAGCUCACACUGAGACUCAAUUUCAAUGCAGCGCCUUGGUCUUGAAGGAUGAAGCAGGUGCAUGUGUAAAUAAUGAUUUUCUGAACAAGCAGGACAACCUGAGUGAACCUCUGAGGAUGAGAGUGAGGCAGAUGCAGACAGCUGACGUGCACUGGUAUGCAAGAUUACUGUACAAUAUCGGAUGUAUCCUUUUAGACUCCAACUUAUUCCAUCCUUAAAAGCCUACGUAUGUGAUACAUCAUACAUUUUGAUACAUUUACACUAACACUUCCUGUUAUUUUCUUCAAUAAGUUAAAAACAUUGGCUUGCUUUUCCGCCCAAUAUUGUUUGUAGUAUAUGUCACACACAGAUUUGUCUGAGGAGGUUGAUGGUUAUACUGUUUCAUAGUAUAUUUGUACAUCAUGUUUUGCUUAAUGAUCUCAAUUAUAUAUGUAAAAAAUGAAAUAUGUAUGCACAUAUUAUUAAUGUGAUUGUAGGAGGAUUUUCCAUCAACAAUAGAAUCUCUAUUUUUUUACGUUCGGAAUCAUAAUAUAUAAAUGUUUCAUUUCAUUAUAAUUAUUCCACUACAUGCACUGUAUGUCCUCAUGUGUUUUCAUGUCGUACAAACAAAUUAAAAUUU